CCCCGUCUCACCUCUCCCUUCUCUGCCUCUGCCCUGAACUCUAUUUCUCUUUCCUCUUUUUCACAAUAUCUUUGUCCUCAACCCUAGACCCCAUUUCCCUUUCCUUAUGGGUAGCCCCUCGUCCCCAGAAGAUUGCAGAGAGCUGGGGGGCGGUCCACUUAGUAGCCUUUGUGCCAGGUUGGUUGAGAAAGCAGACAGAGAUCCCAGAGAGGGUCAGGAGCCAGGUCAUGGGCCCAUAGUAACCAGGACAGCCUCCGGGCCCACCUUGGAAUUCUGGCAAGCCGUGCUGGUCGGGGAUGUGGCCUCUGUCUCCCAUCUCUUGGCCUCCCCUGGCACUGGUCUCACCCCGGAUAUUGUCUUUGACACCAGCGACCCAGAGAGAUGGAGAGAUUUCAGAUUCAACAUUCGAGCUCUGAGACUUUGGUCUCUGACCUACGAGGAAGAGCUGACCACCCCGAUACACGUAGCAGCCAGCAGAGGCCACGAACAAGUUCUCCAGCUGUUGCUAAGUCGAGGAGCCCAGCCAGAUGCUGCCCCUGGGGGUCGCACUGCUCUGCAUGAAGCCUGCAUCUCUGGCCAUGCACCCUGCGCCCGACUAUUGCUUGUAGCCGGAGCUGACCCAGACAUCCCAGACCAGGAUGGGAGGCGCCCUUUACACCUGUGCCAGGGGCCUGGCGCCCUCCAGUGUGCAGAGUUGCUGCUGAGGUUUGGCGCCACAGUGGAUGGUCGAUCUGAGGAAGAAGAGGAGACACCUCUACAUGUGGCAGCCCGAGGAGGGCUGACAGAGCUGGCUGCUUUACUCCUGAGGAAAGGAGCUUGUCCAGAUGCCCGUGAUGCCGAAGGCCGGACCCCUCUUCUGGCUGCCUGCUCAGUUCCUCUCCUUCCCCAGGCUGAGGCUGAGGCAGCCACCUCCAGGUGUCUCCACCUGUGCCACCUGCUUCUCUCUGCAGGUGCCGAUGCGGAUGCUGCUGAUCACGACAGGCAGCGGCCCCUGCAUCUGGCCUGUCGUCGUGGCAAUGUGGCUGUGGCUGAGCUACUCCUGUCCCAGGGGGUUAGUGUCAAUGCCAUGGACUACGGUGGCCAUACAGCCCUGCACUGGGCCUUGCAGGGUCCAGCUGCUGCCCUGCCCUGCAGCCCAGAACAAGUGGUCCGAGCUCUACUCAAUCAUGGUGCUGUCCGAAUCUGGCCUGGAGCCCUUCCCAAGGUGUUGGAACGGUGGUGUGAAUUUCCCCGGAUAAUUGAGGUUCUGAUGAAUACCUACAGUCUUGUGAAGCUGCCAGGGGAUGCAGUGGACCUGAUACCCCCAGAUAUCCUGCAGAAGCAUGGAGAUUUCUACUCUUCGCUCUUCACCUUGGUGGGUCGGCCGAGAUCCUUGAAGCACCUGAGUCGCCACGCCCUCCGAUCACACCUGGCUGGUUGCUUGUCCCAGGCACUGCCCCAGUUACCCCUGCCUCCUUGCCUCCUUCGCUACCUACAGCUGGAUUUUGAGGACGUUCUCUAUUAGUAUUCUCUCCACUAUUACUAACCUAUCAGAGAUUCCUGCCAAGAUUACUUGGGAAACAGCAAUUCACCCAUCCCGGCUUUCCAGAAGCUAUCACCAGAGAAGUCGGACCUAGGCUUUGCUUCCUGGGUUCUGAUAUCCAGGGGUGUCCUUCCGUGAUAGGCCAGAGGCCAAAUGUCCCCCAAGUCCUUCAUCUGCCUGCCCUUCUAUCACUAGUCCCAUGCCACCACCCACAAGGAUUCUACCCCAUUGGUACCCCUCUCCACAGGUCCUUUCUACCUCUCAGGCCUUGAGGGGAGGUAGUUUAGACUCUCUUGGGCCCCUUCCAACUCUUUUAGCCACAGGUGAAAGUAUUCCUAGUUGGAGCUGCUCCUCCCAGGUUCUCAGCUAGAUAUAGAAUGUCUGAAUCAAAAGCCCAGAGAAACAGGGUGCCUGGCGCCAGCUCUGGCCCGGACUGGAACUGCCCAGAUGGAGAAAGAGACUGGCACUGCGGAUAACUGAAACCAGGAGGACUGGCACUGAAAAAUGAAGAGAGGGGAAGAAAGUCUGUGCUAGAGCAAUGAUAAAGGAGAACAAAAGAAACAGAGUCUAGAUGGGGUUUCUCUUAGGCACCUAGGUGAGCUUUCUUUGUAUUCCACUUUCUUCGUUGCAGUGUUUCUUUGCACUUUCUCCUUUAAACUCAGACUCUGGACAUGCAUUAAAAUGUAUGGUGUUGUC